AUGUCGCUGAAAAAUGAGCCAAGAGUAAAUACCUCUGCACUGCAGAAAAUCGCUGCUGACAUGAGUAAUUUGAUAGAAAAUCUGGACACGAGAGAGCUCCACUUUGAGGGAGAGGAGGUGGACUACGAUCUGUCUCCCAGCGAUCCCAGGAUACAGGAAGUGUAUAUCCCUUUCUCUGUGGUUUAUAAGACUCAAGGAUUUAAGGAGCCUAAUGUACAGACGUAUCUCUCCGGCUGCCCAAUAAAAGUUCAAGUUCUGGAAGUGGAGCGCUUCACAUCUACAAAAAGGGUACCAAGCGUCAAUCUUUACACUAUUGAAUUAACACAUGGGGAAUUUAAAUGGCAAGUGAAGAGGAAGUUCAAGCACUUUCAAGAAUUUCACAGAGAACUGCUCAAGUACAAAGCCUUUAUCCGAAUCCCCAUUCCCACCAGAAGGCACACAUUUAGAAGACAGAAUGUCAAAGAAGAGCCCCGAGAGAUGCCAGCUUUGCCCCGCACAUCUGAAAACAUGAUCCGGCAAGAAGAACAGUUCUUUAGUAGAAGGAAACAGCUGGAAGAUUACUUGACGAAGUUACUAAAAAUGCCCAUGUAUAGAAACUAUCAUGCGACAACAGAAUUUCUUGAUAUAAGCCAGCUGUCUUUCAUCCAUGAUUUGGGACCAAAGGGCAUAGAAGGUAUGAUAAUGAAAAGAUCCGGAGGACACAGAAUACCAGGCCUGAAUUGCUGUGGCCAGGGGAGAGCCUGCUAUCGGUGGGCAAAGAGGUGGUUGAUAGUAAAAGAUUCCUUUUUACUGUAUAUGAAACCAGACAGUGGUGCUAUUGCCUUCGUCCUGCUGGUGGAUAAAGAAUUCAGAGUUAAGGUGGGGAGGAAGGAGACAGAGACGAAAUAUGGACUCCGAAUUGAUAAUCUUUCAAGGACACUGAUUUUAAAAUGCAACAGCUAUAGACAUGCUCGGUGGUGGGGAGGGGCUAUAGAAGAAUUCAUCCAGAAGUAUGGCCCCGACUUUCUCAAAGAUCAUCGAUUUGGGUCAUAUGCUGCUAUCCAAGAGAACACUUUAGCUAAAUGGUAUGUUAAUGCCAAAGGAUAUUUUGAAGAUGUGGCAAAUGCAAUGGAAGAGGCAAAAGAAGAAAUAUUUAUCACAGAUUGGUGGUUGAGUCCAGAAAUCUUCCUGAAACGUCCGGUGGUUGAAGGAAAUCGUUGGAGGUUGGACUGCAUCCUUAAGCGAAAAGCACAACAGGGGGUAAGGAUCUUUGUUAUGCUCUACAAAGAGGUGGAACUUGCCCUUGGAAUCAAUAGUGAAUAUAGCAAGAGGACUCUGAUGCGUCUACACCCCAACAUUAAGGUGAUGAGGCACCCGGAUCAUGUGUCAUCCAGCGUAUACCUGUGGGCUCAUCAUGAGAAACUCGUCAUCAUCGACCAGUCGGUGGCCUUUGUGGGUGGGAUUGACCUGGCUUACGGGAGGUGGGAUGACAACGAACACAGACUCACGGAUGUGGGCAGCGUGAAGCGCGUCAUCGGGGGACCGUCUCUGGGUUCCCUCACAGCUGAAACAACAGAGUCUAUGGAAUCCUUAUGCCUCAAAGAUAAAAACGAAUCUGAUAAAGAUCUGCCCAUCCUGAAGCCUCCGGAUGAUGCAAAUUCAAAACUGAAAGGAAUAGGAAAGCCCAGCAAGUUCUCCAAAUUCAGUCUCUACAGGCAGCUGCACAGACACCAUCUACAUGACACAGACAGCAUCAGCAGCAUCGACAGUGCCUCCAGUUAUUGUAAUCACUGUAGGAGUCGUCAGAAUUUAAUCCAUGGUUUAAAGCCCCACUUGAAACUCUUUCGCUCUUCCAGUGAGUCUGAGCAGGGGCUUACUAGACCUAACAUUGACACAGCCUCCCUCCGAAGUGUACAGACACGUGUGGGAGAGCUCCAUGGGGAAACCAGAUUCUGGCAUGGAAAAGACUACUGCAAUUUCGUCUUCAAAGACUGGGUUCAACUCGAUAAACCUUUUGCUGAUUUCAUUGAUAGGCACUCCACCCCCCGGAUGCCAUGGCAUGACAUAGCCUCUGCAGUCCACGGGAAGGCAGCUCGCGACGUGGCCCGUCACUUCAUCCAGCGCUGGAACUUCACGAAGAUUAUGAAACCAAAAUAUCGGUCCCUUUCUUAUCCUUUUCUGCUUCCAAAAUCUCAAACAACAGCCCACGAGUUGAAAUACCAAGUGCCUGGGUCUGUCCAUGCUAAUGUACAGUUACUCCGCUCUGCCGCUGAUUGGUCUGCUGGUAUCAAGUACCAUGAAGAAUCCAUCCAUGCUGCUUACGUCUAUGUGAUAGAGAACAGCAAGCACUAUAUCUAUAUAGAAAACCAGUUUUUCAUAAGCUGCGCUGAUGACAGAGUUGUGUUCAACAGGAUUGGCAAUGCCAUUGCUCAGAGGAUACUUAAAGCUCACAGGGGAAGCCAGAGAUACCGGGUGUAUGUUGUGAUACCACUUCUGCCAGGCUUUGAAGGAGACAUUUCAACCGGUGGAGGAAAUGCCCUGCAGGCAAUAAUGCACUUCAACUACAGAACCAUGUGCAGAGGAGAAAAUUCCAUCCUUGGACAAUUAAAAGCAGAGAUUGGCAACCAGUGGAUAAAUUAUAUAUCCUUCUGUGGUCUGAGAACACAUGCAGAGCUUGAAGGAAACCUAGUCACUGAGCUUAUCUAUGUCCACAGCAAGUUGCUAAUUGCUGAUGACAACACCGUUAUUAUUGGCUCUGCCAACAUAAAUGACCGAAGCCUGCUGGGAAAACGAGACAGUGAAAUGGCAGUCAUUGUGCAGGACACAGAGACAGUCCCUUCGGUAAUGGAUGGAAAAGAGUACCAAGCUGGUCGGUUUGCCCAAGGACUUCGGCUUCAGUGCUUUCGGGUUGUCCUUGGCUAUCUUUCUGGCCCCAGUGAAGAUAUUCAGGAUCCAGUGAGUGACAAAUUCUUCAAGGAGGUGUGGGUUUCAACCGCAGCUCGGAAUGCUACAAUUUAUGACAAGGUGUUCCGGUGCCUUCCCAAUGAUGAAGUACACAAUUUAAUUCAGCUGAGAGACUUUAUCAGCAAGCCCAUAUUAGCAAAGGAGGAUCCCAUUAGAGCUGAGGAAGAACUGAAAAAGAUCCGUGGGUUCUUGGUGCAAUUCCCCUUUUAUUUCUUGUCUGAAGAAAACCUACUGCCUUCUGUUGGAACCAAAGAAGCCAUGGUGCCCAUGGAGGUUUGGACUUAA